CGCCUGUUUGUGUGGUGUCGUUAGCAAACCGCGGCGAGGAAACUGGGGCUAACGGAGUUAUUUCUCUGCCUGAUGUUCCGCAGGAAUUCCCUUUGAUGGUGGGCUGCGCUGCCUGUGCUGGAAGAUACUCCUGAACUACCUCCCUUUAGAGAAAUCCUUAUGGAGCUCUUUGCUGAAGAAACAGAGGGAUCUGUAUUCCCAGUUCCUAAAGGAAAUGAUUAUCCAGCCUGGGAUCGCCAAAGCCAACCUGGGUGUUUCAAGGGAAGAUGUCACCUUAGAAGAUCACCCCCUCAAUCCAAAUCCAGACAGUCGAUGGAAUACUUACUUCAAGGAUAACGAAGUGCUUCUCCAGAUAGACAAAGAUGUCAGGAGGCUGUACCCUGACAUGGCAUUCUUCCAGCGCCCAACGGACUAUCCCUGCCUUUUAAUCCUGGACCCUCAAAAUGAGUUUGAGACGCUGCGUAAGCGGGUGGAGCAGACCACACUCAAGUCACAGACGGUGGCACGAAACCGCAGUGGGGUUACAAAUGUAAGCUCCCCUCUUAAAACAACGCCUAAUUCUCUGAGUGAGUAUGAAGUUCUGCCCAAUGGCUGUGAAGCUCACUGGGAAGUGGUGGAGCGAAUCCUGUUCAUCUAUGCCAAGCUGAACCCGGGGAUAGCCUACGUUCAGGGGAUGAAUGAAAUCGUGGGGCCUCUUUACUACACCUUUGCUACAGAUCCUAACAGCGAAUGGAAAGAACAUGCUGAAGCAGACACAUUUUUCUGCUUUACCAAUCUAAUGGCUGAAAUUCGGGACAACUUCAUUAAGAGCCUGGAUGAUUCGCAGUGUGGUAUUACCUACAAAAUGGAGAAGGUCUACUCUACCCUGAAGGAAAAAGAUGUGGAGCUGUAUUUGAAACUGCAAGAACAGAACAUCAAACCCCAGUUCUUUGCCUUUCGCUGGCUGACGCUGCUCUUGUCCCAAGAGUUCCUGCUGCCAGAUGUCAUCCGUAUCUGGGACUCCCUCUUCGCUGAUGAUAAGCGCUUUGAUUUCCUCCUGCUCGUCUGUUGUGCCAUGUUGACACUAAUCCGGGAUCAGCUGCUGGAAGGAGACUUCACUCUGAACAUGAGGCUGCUGCAGGAUUAUCCUAUCUCUGAUGUUCACCUGAUUUUGAAGAAGGCAAAGGAACUUCAAGAUUCCAAAUAGUCCAUGAGCCUAACAAAAGGUGUCAGAGAAACUGUAUGGCAGUGGGUCCCAGGAGACGCCCCCAUGCAGUGUGGUGCAUUAAAGCUCCUAGUGGUCUCUGCAGGACUUCAGGUUUCAUGUGUGGGCUACUGGCCACCUUGAAGACUUCCUUCAACUCUAUUUAUUAGGUCAAGGACUGAUUACUUCCCCAUCUACUUGGGUCCUGCACUCCAGAUUUUUUCAAAUCUCAAAUGCCUAUGUGCUGCCAAAAGCAGUUCUUUGUAUCUUUUUUUAAUGACUUUAAGUUCGAGGAGAAAGAAACCAUCUGUCUGCAUAUCCCUGAAGGGAUGGACUCCUGUAUCAUGGAAGUAACAUGUGGUGUAACUUCUGAUGGGGAAGGGACAGGCUGAGUCCAGUGGAGCUUGGUGGGUGAGCGUAGAAGGAUCUUCCUCCUGUGAAUAGAAUGUAUUCCAGUGAAGUCACACAUCCUGCCGUUCAAGUAGAUUCUGGAUUCCUCUUCCUCAUGUCUGCACUUGGCCAUCCCUGGGGUGUGCAAAGAAGAUUGCAUCAGUUUCUGGUGACUGUCAUCUGACAUCUGGCAGUUUGGACCCCUUUGCCUGGGAAAGAGAUCUGGAGAAGCUGAGAUGGGAGGACAUGAUUACAGCUGGUGGCUUUGUGCAUUGAAACUGCCUGAAUCCGGAAUCGCCUUAUCAACAAGGUCUCCUUGAAAGCAAGACUGUGGUGGUUUGAAUCAGUGAGCAUUGUUUGAAGUCAAGCCUUAUUACACACAGCCUUAGAGCAGGAGCUUGUUGCUGCAGGGAGGCCUCACGCUGCUUUCCUGGCUCUGACCUGGAGCAUAGCCAGCGACAGUUGGGAUUCUGAAAUACAAGAAAUGGGCAUCUAGUCACGUGCAAUGAAGACAGCCGUGUUGAGGGGCUUAUACAGGCAUGGCUCUGGGGUUUUUCUGCUUCAGUGGCUUGUGUAAUACUACCCUGCGUAAGCUCUGGUCACAGUAACCUUGAUAUUGUCUCAGUACUUCUUGCCAGGAAGAGACAUGGUACAGGUCUGACCCACAAGUGAGAGUCCUUUUCAGGUGUGAUGUAGAGGGCAUACAAGUGUUUGUCAUGAGCUGACUGCUGGGCUGAUCCACUGUUCUGUGUACUGGUCCUGUUGGAGUCACAGUCCUGAGUGGGACACUUGUCUUCCUGCGAGGGAAACUGCUGCAUUUCAAAUACAGUGGAGCUGGCUCAGGUGAACAUCGACUAAGACAAACUACAGAGAGAACUGCUGACUUGUCAGCAGUGUCAACCUGAUCAGAAACAGUAAUCCUCAGAGGGAGAAACUGCCAGCACCCAGGUGCUUGGGUGAUGCAGAAGCUUUUGAGUGAACACUAAUCCAGUGUGCUUUUCCCUUUCUGUGCUGUGCUGGCUCACCUCUGCGUAGCUGUUUGCAGUUUUCAGUAUUUAUGGGUAUUGAUUUGUUAAAGGUCAGUCUUUGUAAGAUCUGCUUAAGCUGCUGAUGGCCUGGAAUGGCCCUAGCAGGAGGGAUGUUGUCAGCCUUCAGCUUUUUCACUAGUGUUAUUUCCCUCACUGAAGGCCAGUUCUCUACAGGCUACUGUAAUUCUCAGAAAGGUGGGUGGGGAGAAGACCAGAGGACGGGUUGAUGCAUGUACCUGUGUUCUCGCUGGCAAUCCCAAGCAAUCUCUGCCCCUUCAGAAGAUGCUUGAGUAACACUGGUGCAGCCAGGUGUUGCUGCUAUGGUGAAGCAAAAGCAACUGAAGACUUAAAACAAUCUGUAAUUAAUACCAGUGGCUAACAGUAUCCCUCUCUGCUACAAUCCUUUCUAGAGGGUAGAGUUUUCUUCCAAGAAAUAUGGAACCAAUAGACCGGGACAGCUGCUCUAACCUCCCAAAGGAUGUUCUUCCUUCCUGCCUUGUAUUGCUGAGCUACUCCAGGUGGUCUCCUGGUCUCAGCUCUUGGGUACCCUGCACUGGAGAGGCCAGUAGUCAGACCUCUCCUGGCCAAAUGGCUAGCUGGUAGGCACAGAUGUAGAACUAGAGGGUCAGACUCUUAGGCAGAAUUGGACCUCCUCUAAACACUUCUGUUUCAGAACUGCUCUAAAUACGGCUGUAGCUCUCACAUUCCAUGUGCAAGCUCUGCGUUCUCCUCCCUCAAUACCUGGGCUGUCCAUUUUGGGUCCCCCUGGCAAGCGUAGGGUUCCCUUACACUGUAUUUUCUCACUGCUGACAGGACCAGCCGUGAGGGUUCCUGCUCUGAACAACUAGAAGUCUCCUUAAAAUAUCCUGAGAAGGCACAGGCAAAUCAGGGUUAAAGCAUUACUUGGAGAUUAACUUCUGCUUGUUUUCAGAGUAGCCGUUGGCCUCCUGCGGUGGAGUUGCCCAGCUCUGAGCCAGGUGCUGGUCUGUAGUGUACAGACUCGAGGAAGACACCGGGGACGUGGCUGGGUAUGGGUGUCAUUCUGUCUUCUCCCUUCCUGGGUGCUGAGGGGCUUACAUUAUGCCAUCUUGCUUCUUUUCAGGGGAUGGCAGUAAAUGCUUUUAAAGGGAGUCUGCAGUGCUUUAAGGGGAUGCGAUGAGAGCUUUGGCUGCUGGAAGGGUUCUCUGGGAUAAAUUCUGCAGCCUUAUCCAGACUAUGGCUGCUAAACUGAUUGAGUUAUUUGGGGAGAACUUGUAACAACUUUGAUAACCCCAGACAGGCUGGUUCCUGCAUGAAAAGCUUUUAUAUUAUUCCUUAUUCUCUCCUGUGUGGUAGGAAUUCUGUCCUGUGUUGAAAGGAGUAGUUGUACUCUUCAAUGCCUUAGGAAAUCCAUUUCUUUAUUCCAAGAUUUUCUCCUUUCUUUAAAAGCAAAAUCAGAUUUUCUGAGGGGAGAAAAAGUCUUGUUACCAGCUUUUGAAUCUCCUCGUGAGUUUGCUUGGCUUUGUUCCUCAAAGGCUUUUGAUGAUUUUGUUGUUGAGGUCAGUAUUUAGCUAGUGGUUCCUUGCUUGUGUGACCAAAUAACAACUGCUCUACCCUUGAGAUGUUUCCAUCUCUGAUUUUUUUUUCAGUCCUAAUCUGCUGCAGGAGCAGUGAGGUUGGCUGAAGAGGCAGUUCUUUGGGUUGAGAGGUGUUAGUCUGGGGUGCCUGGGGAACGCCUUGUUUCAUAGAGGCCUAAACAGAGGACGUUUAAAUAGCUCUUACAAUGCGUUCCUCGCAGGCAGGAUUACUGCCAGGCUGGGGAAGGGGGACCCAUCUUCAACUGGGAGGAAAAACAGGAUGCUGUGCUGGGGGUGGGGAAAGAUGGGCCUUCCCUGGGAGGGUGAGGUCUGCUCUACCUGCACCCCACUGUCGUUCAGCUUUGAGAAACUGGCUUUGCCAGUGAGGUAGAAGCAACAGGGUACUAGAGAUCAAGUCAGUGGUGACUGUCACUCAGAACACUGAUUUUGAGUUUAAAUUUUGUGACCUAACCUAGAAUUAUUCACCCUUUGGCAGUGAGUAUAAUGAAGGCCAGAAGUUGCUUGGGGGGAGUCUGGGGUGUUUGGGAAAGAUGAGGCUGUUUUCCCUUAAGGCUGUCAGUGACUUUGUUUUAGCUGUUUGGAGUGCUCUUCUAAAAUGUCCUUUCCCUGAAAGAGAGGAACAAAUAACACUUUUUUUUUUUUUUUACCUUGUCUGGAAAGAAUUGCCAGAACAGGGUGUAGAGAACACUUCCAUCACUCUAAAACUCCUUUUAUGCUUCUUUUUAAACACUAUUUUUAUAACGCAUCCUUUAACUAAACGGGUGGCUUUGUGCAAACAUCUGUUGAUGUGA